AACUCCAUCAAUGUUAUGAUCACAUUCAAACGUCACAUCUUUCAUCUUACGUCAUAAGACAUGCUAGGGUGAAACUACUUCAAGUUCAAUCGCGUAACUUAAAUGCAGUCCGACCUGCACUUCAUGGUUGCAUUGACAAAUCUCGGGAAAAUUCAAAAUGGCAAGUACAGAAAGCAAUAUUGGAUCAGCAACAAAUAACAGCAAAGAGCAUAACAUGAUACCAGGAUAUACAGUUUCAGUCGCAUAAAAUACUGCAAAUCGCACAUAAAGCAGAAUGGGUCGCACAAUUAGAAAAGAGGUCGCACUUAAAGAAGAAUGGGUCACACGUUAGAAAAGGGCUACAUUCCAUGUGGGAAGCACUUCUUUGGCGAAAGAUACGCUGUUCUUAUCAAAAGAGCUAAGGAAGACCAGGAAUCAAAUGCCAAAAAGACAAGCCACAACUCUGACAGGCAGAGUGGAUCCCACCUGUACAAACUGGCAGAGAUAAGAUCGAGACAUGUCCAGAACGGAAGGUUGCUUACUCCAUUGAAACCAAUUGCUGAAAAAGCGCAGAUGUACUAUCCCAAAACCACCCAACACUCAGUCUCGCCCUAUACACUACGCAAUGACCACCCUGGGAAACACUUCAUUGCAGGGUACACUGGGUUUGUCCCACGUGCUAGGCAGUACAUGGGUAUGAGAUACCCAGUCGUAACGAACAAAGCAUUGUGCGAAUUCACUGACGACAUGAAAGACUUCCUAAGUUACCAUGACAAACCAUUGGAUCUUCAUCGAAAAAUUGGACAAGACGUCAGAACAGUGACAAUUUAUCACCAAGAGUCAGGGAUGGUACCAAGAUAUACAGGUCAUAUACAAGGUGCCAAGUAUAAAUUUGGAAAGCGUUUUGGAGACAGCACCAAGGAAGCAAUUUGCAAGGCGAAGGAAGCAAUGAAAGCUUCUUGAAGGAAAGAGCAAAACAUGAAAGCAGCAGCGAUGAAGAUACAAU